CUUGGAGCUAGCAAGUUACCUGAGGGCUACAAUACAAACGAAAAAAAGGGCUUUUUAACCCUUAUUUUGGGGCAUAGUCACUUAACUUUUUAAGUGGUUAAUGUCAGAUUUGACUGGCGAUUUUGUACAUGCAGAUUGUAAGUCUAGGUGACCAUUAAGUUAAUUUCUAAACGUCUCCAUUCAGAUGGGGGCCCUGUUAACUCGAAAUAACUCGCUGGGGGCGCAGCCAAGACGGUUGCCGAGUGCUAUCAAUGAAAUACUUGAAACUGAUGAAAACUUUCAAACGUGAUGAUUCUCGGGCAUGAUCUGGAGUGAUGAGGAGCGUCUUUUGUCUGGGAUUUCUAAGUGGAUUAAUGGACAUUUCUUCAAGAUGGGAGUCGAAGAUAAUGGCAUCUUCUGAAAGAGUGAAGAGGGUGCAGUUGAUUAGCUCAUCAUCACUGUUGAGGAGACACAUACUUGAACUGAAAUGAGACACCAAAUAACCAGAUAUAAAAACUUCCAAGCUCCAAAAUGCAUAUCGCACUCAAGGGGUGAGACAACGGCCAUCACUGCAGAAGAUGAAUAUUACCAGCAACAUGUGGUUUUCCUUGACUGUGCUCCUCCUGGCUGCAUGGGCCUGUCUGGCAGAUGUGGCUCUCUCCGAAGAAAGGAUGAAACGCUCUGUGUCAGCCUCCAGGUCAGCACCACAGCGCUCUAAGCGAAUGAUUGGGGGGAAUUUGGCUCCUCAUAUCCCCUGGCAGGCCAUGGUCUACCUCUCUGACAACGUGCUGGAUGGAGGCUAUGCAGGCGGUGCUCUCAUCUCUGACCGUUGGGUUUUGACGGCUGGCAGGAACCUCUUUGUGAAUAAGAGUCGACAGGAUAAUCAGGGAAAAGGCCCAGUCAUUCCUAAAGUGUACCUGGGAAUUACCAAGAAGGCAGACGCUAAUCCCACCAAUGAAGUUUCUGUGGAGAAGGUUGUUCUCCAUCCUGGCUUCCAGAACCGAUCAGACUGGGAUAAUGACCUGGCUCUGAUCCAGCUGAAGAAGGCUGUGGUUAUGAGCGAUAAAGUCACCCCCAUCCCACUGCCAGAGAGAGAUCAGGGCCUGGAAAACACCAUGGGACAGUCAGGAGUCAUCACUGGCUGGGGCUGGGGGAGAUCCCUCACCUCUGCUACAUCACUGAAACACCUGGUACUGCCCCUGGCUGGUCACUCUUUCUGUAAGGCAGAAUAUUCACGUAUUCCGUUCACACCAGAUGUAGACGACAACAUGUUCUGCACGGGACCUGCCAGCUUUGAGAGAAAUGUUUGUUUUGGGGAUGCAGGAGGUGCACUGGCUGUCACAGAUCCUGAAACUGGGGACGUUUACGCUGCAGGGAUCCUUUCCUAUGAUAAGUGCUGCAGCCGGUACAAUUACGGAGUCUAUAUGAAGAUUUCCUCUUACUUGCCCUGGAUCAACAGAGUCAUCAGAGGAGAUACAGAGAACUCGUCUGCUCUGCGCACUGAUGCAAUGUCUAAGAUUUACUCACAGCAGCAGUAGAGCUUCAGGCCCUGUUCCUUUCAUUUUGUGGAGCAGUUAUGAUGAUGUUUUGAGUCACUUUAUGAAACUGCUGCUUGUAGUGUAACCAUGUCUGUGCUCUGUCAUGUAAUUAUUAUGAAUGGGAGGGGAAAAUCACACUUAUUUUAUACCUUUGAGUUAAUAAAUCCAAUAUUUGAACAAAAUACAAGUAUUUCUUGUAUUCCAUAAUACACACAAAUUACCUUCUAGAGCAGAGGUGUCCAAACUGUUUCACAUAGAGGGCCAAAACUGAAAGUCAAAGGUGGAACACAAAAAAGUAAAAAGCAAACUCCUUUGUAUUGUAUCGUUUUGUAUCUGUACUUAUUUUGUAUGAUGUGGCAUACCCCACCAUUUCUGGCUGCAACACAGUUGUUGUAAAUACAAUCCCAGGUUUCUGUAACUGUUUGUCAGACGUGGUGUAAUGUUACUGUAUGUUCCAUAAACUACACACAAAACUCGG